UUUGAGCUGAAACUUCACAGACACAUUCUGGGACACAUUUCAUCUUGUGAAAAGAAAAUUAAUUAACAAUAUUUUAUUAUAAAAAGUUUAAUCAUAUAUUUUCUUGAUUUUCUCAACAGCUGAAAUCUGAUGGCUGAGUUCCUGCAUAAUCCCAGUCCUGACCAAACACGAGUUUACAGUUCACACACAAUUCAUCCUACAAACACACACUCAAUGUAAACCUGUCUUCAAACACACACAUAAACACACAAGCUCCUCAGAAAUUUAGCUUCGAGACAAAACCGGUUUUCAUAUCUGGGACUGAUUCAGAUCACACCAUGUCUAAGGACGACUGUAAGGUGGGCUGUAAACACAAGGAACGCAAGCCCAAAAAGCCGCACUACAUCCCGCGACCGUGGGGCAAACCCUACAACUACAAAUGCUUCCAGUGCCCGUUCACGUGCAUGGAGAAAUCCCAUCUGUACAACCACAUGAAGUACAGCCUGUGCAAAAACUCCCUGUCAUUGCUUAUCGAGUCCGACUGGCCGUAUAAAAAAGACCAACUCCGGCUCCAGCAGGGAGGCGUUCGCUCUCGUAGCCCCACUAAGGGUCACUCUGAGCAGGCCGCGAUGUCAGACGAGCCCUCGCAUUCGGCGGCGAGUCUGGAGGUCGAGGAGGCUGAGAAAAGAGAAUCGGAAAGAGAAGCGGAGAAAGAUGACGAGGUAAUGGAGACAAACGGCUCAGCGGUUACGAGUCCCGAACCUGCGGAAACCAGAGGAAGUAAACGUUCAAAGCAAGAAGCCGAACUCGUGAUGGCGGACGUGUUCUCACUCGAGGAGCAACUUUUGCGAGCACGCUCAGUUGAGGUGGAGUCAAAACUGCGACACUAUAGGCUGUCUAAAACGUGUCUGUCUGGAUCGGCAGCGUUGCUUUCGGAGCAAUGGCGCAUCCUUAGCAAUCAGACUUGCGGUGCAAAGCCCAAAUCAGACCCGGUGGCCUCUUCAUUGCCCUGUUACCCUCCACCGGCAUCAACGGGUCAACUUGAAUGCCCCGACACAACGGGAUUCAAUCUGUCUUUGCUUGGCGUUGGAUAUCCACUGGCUCCAGGACUCCUUUCAUACCUAAACCCGGCACUUACGACAGCGAGCACAGCGACCACAACCACACCACUGCCCUUCUUAACAUCAACCGCGCAGCUCACCCAUGCGCAAAGACACUCGGAGCGACCUCUACUUCCUCCUCACCUGUAUUAUCCUUUCCUGUGUGAGCACACCUUCGGUGCAACGCCCUCCUCAACAUCCUCCGAGACGAGUAAACUCAUCAAACCACCCGCCGUAAGCCUGCCGCAGCCUUCGUACCCUCCCAAACUAAACCUGUGGAAGGUCCCGGCCCUGCGGCCCAGCCAGACCUCGCCCGCAGCCUGGGUGUCUCCCACGUGUCCCUCCCCGGAGCCGAGCCACGCCGUAAAGGAGAGGAUACGAUCGAGGGAAGGAAAGACAGGCUGGCAGAAUGAUGCUUCCUUCAUCAGAGAGCAAAGUCUGAAGAGAACAGCAGCAUCCUUUGACUCCCAUGGUGCACCAGGGGAGAAGAAACAAGCACUUGAGUUUGCCCUUGACUCUCUGAAAAACACUCACAAAUCUGCAUCCAUUGCCUCCCUGAUGUCCAGCAGGCUGCCUAUACACAACAGCCCCCGCAGUGACGUCUCGUCCCCGCUGCAUAUGUCUGAACAGCUGGAGGCGAGACAGAGAGGAAUGGAGAGAGACGCAGACCCGGCAGCUGCUCUCCUGCAGGAUUUCUCCACAUUACUGCAGCAGUACCAGAACACGGAGCAGCGCGCCGCAUCGCUGCCUGAUCAGUGCCACCUGUGGGCUCACCUGGGAAAGAUCCGUUCGGAGCUGUCGCAUAUUCAACAGGCGCUGGAGCGCACGACUCGCUCUAACGAAGGGCCGCUCGACCUAUCAGUCAAAAAAGACCCUGCGGGAAUCACAAACGCGCACGGAGAUGUCAGCGGAAGAGGCGUUAUAGGAGAAACAAAAGACACUGGAGAUGAAAACUGCUCAGAGACCGAGGAAGAAGAAGAGGAGGAGGAAGAUAAAGAUGACAGAGACAUGGUGGAACGAGGAAGCGGUGUUAAAGAAAGGCAGAAGUGCUCUCUGGACGCGCUGAUGAAACUGAAUCCGUCCCAGGUGCCCGUGGUGAAGACAGAGGUGCUGUCCGACGGCGCUCUGGCGAUACGGGCCGGGACCGCUGAAGCUCUGUGGCACAGCAGAACCACAAAGUGUGAAGCCGACUCAAGUGUCCUUCUCUGCUCCAAAACACCCAACAGACCUCCGUCCAUUCAACAUCUGGACACGCUGUGUCCAACAAGCCCGUUAACAACCACCGACACGAUGGUGUAGCGAACAUGAACUUACAGUGCAUUAUUUAUAUAUGCUCACUACCAGACAAAUGUUUGGACACACUUGACUGACACUUCAUGUUUCUUUAAACUUCAAGCCUUUACCAUUCAAAAGUUUGGGGUCUGUGAGAUUUUUUUAUGUUAUUGUUGAA